GUCACUUUCUUACACCCUGCCUGGCACUGACGGGUCAUGGCAACGGCAGCCUGUGACGGAUGACUAAUCUUCCCCUGGUAAUGAAUGAGACACCACGGCAUGAAUGCCAAGAGGGUGCUGAUGGUGAGGGUGGCUGCCUCACUGGCAACACAGAAAUCAUAUGAUGAAUGGUAUGCAAGCAUGUUGUUAUGCCGCGUCUGUGCCAAACUAAAAGUAGCUGGCAGCUUGGUGAGAAUCUGUGGUGAGAAUAUCAUGAAUCACGGUCUGGAAAACAGUUAUAUACAGUGCAUGUUUAUCUCCUCCUCAUGUGUGUCAGACAGGAAGAGGAAGAGCACAAAUGAAUCAAUAUAUGGUAAAAAAGAAAAUAGAUUGCGCAGACUGUAAUGAUGGAAACAUGUCAUGUGUAGGUGGGAAAGAAGAGGACAUUGCCAUUAUAGAUGAUGUAUGCGCUGUUCUGUCACAUUGGUGAGAGGAGCUGUGCAGCCGCACCAGUCAAAUCGUCUUGACUGUGUGUUGAGUAGCUGAGACCUGUCUUAUCUUCACCUCAUAAUGCGCAGGCGUGAUCCUAUCUGAGCCUUGCAAAAAGCUUUUACCAUCUGAACUAGACGUCGUGUGCGCUGCUCUUCCUUUGGCGCUCAAACGAAUGCUAAAAAAAACAAUUGUAAAUAUAUAUUUUUACAGAUCGCGUGCAAAUACAGCCAAGACAUGAAGGCUUCUCUGGUGGCUGAUCUCUCCGAACAACAUAAUUCAACCUGUGGAUAGUGUGGAGCGCGUCUGUGGCCACCGGCCAGUCUCCGGCUAUCUGGGACGCUCUGCCUCCAGCCUGCUGUGCGCGUCUUUUUACCGUUGGCUCCGCUCCGUGUCGGCGUGGGAUCCGGUGUUCCGUUUGACCUAAGCUGUGAGCAGGUAUUCAGUUUAUGAAUGGCACUGACAUGGAGGAAAUACCGUUUCAGAAAGUCAAAACCAGGCGGAAGAGAAGUCACUGUCCAACGGGCGUCCCUUUGACCACCAUCGCGUGUGAGGACGAGUUCGACUGCAAGGAGCUCGAGUCCCUCUUCCAGAACUACAACCUGAAACUGGAGCAGACGUCCACUCUCAAAGCCCUGGCGGUCCUCAUCUUCCUGUCCUCGACACUGGCCGUGGUGGAGUUGCUGUCCGGCCCCAGCCUCACCAUCUCCAAGGGGUCCCAUCCGGUCCACUGUGUCAUCUUCGUCUCCCUCUUCAUCGUAACUAAUGUCAAGUACCUGCAAGUGACUCAGCUGCAGCAGAUUGUCAACCUGACGUUGCUCUUCGGCUUCACUUUCUCUUUCCUCUGCUGUCCCUUCUCGCUGGGCGCGAUGGGGAUAGAGCCCCCGACGUCCCCGGAGCAAGGCGUGUGGCAUCUCAUCCUGGUCACCUUCGUCGCCUAUGCGCUCCUACCUGUGCGGACACUGUUGGCGGUUGUGUUUGGAAUAAUGGUCUCCAUCUCGCAUUUGAUUGUGACUGCCACUUCUGUCACGGUGAAAACACAGAAACUAUGGAGGACGUUGGUUGCCAACACAGUGCUGUUCACCAGUGUCAACCUGUCAGGGCUGUUUGUGCGCAUCCUGACAGAACGAGCCCAGAGGAAGGCCUUCCUCCAGGCUCGCAACUGCAUUGAAGAGAGACUCCGCAUGGAGGACGAGAACGAGAAACAGGAGCGCCUGUUAAUGAGUCUGUUGCCCAGGAACGUAGCUAUGGAGAUGAAAGAGGAUUUCCUGAAGCCCCCAGAAAGGAUCUUUCACAAAAUCUACAUCCAGCGUCAUGACAAUGUCAGCAUCCUGUUUGCAGAUAUCGUCGGUUUCACCAGUCUGGCCUCCCAGUGCACAGCCCAGGAACUGGUUAAACUGCUAAACGAGCUGUUUGGAAAGUUUGAUGAGCUUGCCACAGAGAACCACUGUCGUAGGAUUAAGAUUCUGGGAGACUGUUACUACUGUGUGUCUGGACUGACCCAGCCCAAGACGGACCACGCCCACUGCUGUGUAGAGAUGGGUCUGGACAUGAUUGACACCAUAACGUCAGUCGCAGAGGCCACAGAAGUCAACCUAAACAUGCGUGUGGGCUUGCAUACAGGUCGGGUGCUGUGCGGAGUGCUGGGCCUCAGGAAAUGGCAGUAUGAUGUGUGGUCCAAUGAUGUGACCCUAGCCAAUGUGAUGGAGGCUGGAGGACUACCUGGAAAAGUCCACAUCACCAGAUCUACACUGGAGUGCCUAAAUGGAGAUUAUGAGGUGGAGCCUGGAAACGGUCACGAAAGGAACGCCUUCCUCCAAAAACAUGAAAUUGAAACCUUCUUUAUAGUGCCAUCUCACCGACGGAAGAUAUUCCCAGGAUUGAUUCUUUCGGAUAUAAAGCCCGCCAAAAAGAUGAAGUUCAAAACUGUGUGCUACUUACUAGUGCAGCUUAUGCACUGCAGGAAGAUGUUCAAGGCUGAGAUUCCCUUCUCCAAUGUCAUGAACUGCGAGGACGGUGAUAAGCGGAGGGCCAUGCGGACGGCUCCACAGAAGCUGAGGAGUCGUUCCAACACAAACCAGGCUAAUGUGAUCCAGAGCAGCCCCAGAACCCGGGUCAACCGCUACAUCGGUCGUCUGAUCGAGGCCCGCCAGACCGAGUCAGACACAGCAGACCUCAACUUCCUCACACUCAUGUAUAAGUGCUCUGAGCGCGAGCAGAGGUACCACCAGGUUCCUGAUGAGUACUUCACCAGCGCAGUGGUCCUCUCUCUGAUCCUAGCUGCCUUGUUUGGCCUUGUCUAUCUUCUCAUUAUACCACAGGGCACAGUGGUACUUGUUCUUCUCGUCUUCUGCAUCUGUUUCCUAGUAGCUUGUAUCAUGUACCUGCAUAUCACUAGAGUACAGUGUUUUCCAGGGUGCCUGACCAUUCAGAUUCGCACUGCUCUCUGUAUUCUCAUAGUGCUCUUAAUCUACGCUGUUGCCCAGGCCUGUGUGGUGGGCUGUAUGCCCUGGUUGUGGGGUAGUGCCAACACCAACAGCUCCAUCGUCAUCAUCGAUUUGGACGGCGGCGCUAACCACACCAUGGCGGAGCUGCCUUGUGACGGUGCCCGCUACGCCUUUCUGUCCUGUGUGGUGGGCACACUCACCCUGGCACUUUUCCUGCGGGUGUCAUGGCUGCCAAAGAUGGCGCUAAUGCUCCUUCUGGGGGUGCUGUAUGUCACCGUGUUGGAGCUCAGCGGCUUUCGCAAGACUGCAGGUGGGGGGUCCUUCCACAUCCGGGGCUACGAGCCCAUCCUGUCUCUGUUGCUCUUUGUCAGUGCCCUGGCCCUCCACUCCAGGCAACUUGACCUCAAACUACGCUUGGACUUCCUAUGGGCUGUGCAGGCGGAAGAGGAUAGAGACGGCAUGGAGAAAGUCAAGCUGGACAACAGGAGGAUUCUCUUCAAUCUCCUGCCGGCCCAUGUGGCUCAGCACUUCUUACUGUCAAACCCCAGGAACAUGGUGAGCCUCGCUAAUAGACAGGCAGACAGACAAACAGACAAACAGGAUCUAUACUAUCAGUCCUACGCUCAAGUUGGCGUCCUGUUUGCCUCGAUCCCAAACUUCAAUGAUUUCUACAUCGAGCUGGAUGGCAACAACAUGGGAGUGGAGUGCCUGAGACUUCUGAAUGAGAUCAUUGCCGACUUUGAUGAGCUCAUGGAUAAGGAGUGCUACAAGGAUAUAGAGAAAAUCAAAACCAUUGGCAGUACGUACAUGGCAGCUGUGGGCCUCGUCCCCACCAUUGGAACCAAGGCCAAAAAAUCUGUUUACGACCAUCUCAGCACAAUCGCAGACUACGCCAUUGAGAUGUUUGACGUCUUGGAUGAAAUCAACUAUCAGUCAUACAACGAGUUUGUGCUGAGAGUGGGAAUCAAUGUGGGUCCAGUGGUCGCAGGGGUGAUCGGGGCGCGGCGACCUCAGUAUGACAUCUGGGGAAACACGGUCAAUGUGGCCAGCAGGAUGGACAGCACUGGAGUGCCAGGAAAGAUACAGGUGACCGAAGACGUCUAUCGCCUGCUGAAUACCAACUACGACCUGGUGUGUCGCGGCAAAGUCAGUGUCAAGGGUAAAGGUGAGAUGCUGACCUACUUCCUGGAGGGCAAAGUUCAGGGCGUGGGCACAGCAACCACGUCUUCAGUGGUGCGUUCCGCCAGCCUGGCGCGCCGGAUCCACUCCUGUGGCAAAACAAGCGUCCCAACUAAUCUGGGCAGCGUCUCUUCCGCCGCCAGCCUGACCGCGUACGCCAGCAUGGGCAGCAACAUGCAGAUGAACACCGCCAACAGCAGCAACAGCCAAGCGACAUGCCUGCCCUCGUCCUGUGUGCCUGCAGUGGGCGAGGAGGAUGAAGAGGACGUGGAGGUGACAGAGAUUGAGAUCGAGGCUGUGGCAGCUGUUGCAGAUGUAGCAGUGUAGGAAGAAAGACAGGGAAACAAACUUCACUGAAAAUACAGGAAAGAAACCCUGGGUGGAGGCCAGAGGAGACAAGACAGGGCUCUCCAGGUAUUUCCUAUAAAUCCUGAGCUACUGGCACAUCCCAGAAUAUGCUCAUUCAGGAUACAAACUUCCGGAGAAAUGACAUGGUGAUACAGACAAUCAUACUCGCUUUUAGGGAUUUUUAACUGCUUGCCACUCUUGGAAGACAAACGUGGAGUGAAGAAAGAAACCCGGAAUCUCAAAUCCUCUUUUUAACAUCUCUAUACCAGAUGAUUAGAUUUGUGGUGUUCCUGGGUUCCCUCAGAUCCAGGUAUAACGUGCAUCUUUGUUUUCUAUGUGGUACAUAUUCCAUUAUGUACAAGGGAUAUGUGCAUUAAUAUCCAGAAAAAGACUGACCAUGCUAUUGCUUUUGCACUGUCUUUCUGAUUAUGCCAAGGAUACAUUGCAUUACUUAACAGUGUAAAAUGGUGUUGUUUCUUUUUUUGGUGUGUGUAAGCAUGCAUGCGUGUACUUGUGAGUGUGUGUAUGCAUGUGUGGUUAAUUCUGAAUUGUAAUGAAACAGCACAAAAAUACUUUUUUAUACUCAGAGCUCACUGGAUGAAAUAGGCUUUUUUUUUGAGACAUAUUUACAGUUAAUAGUGCAUGACUUUUUAAGAGUUGACAGCCAUAGUAACGGUACUCCUGUUGAAAGAAAACCAAAGUAUUGAGCUUUCCAUAGAUCUUUUAUUUUACUGCUUGCAUUGCCUCAACAUACUCGAGAGGAGAGAAAAUGUCGCAUUAGGUUGAACAUAUUUGGCAUACGGGACUCUUUCAGACGUCAUCAGUUGACUUAAAAAGUGUCUUUUUGAACCCCGGAGAGACAGAAUAAGGUUUCCUGAAUAUCUGAUGGGGUUUUUUUUAGCUCUGAUUCACAAUAGUUUUAUAUAAUGUGGCAUGUAUUAAAGGAGAACUUUGAUAUUUUUCAUCCUGGACCCUAUUUUCCCAUGUUUUUGUGUCAAGAGAGAGACCGCUGCAGCCACAGCAGCAAAACAGGCUGCAAUGUGCACUGUCAAUUUACAUUCAUUAAGGCUCAGAUUGUCAUUGGAAGUGUCCUACAGAGAGAUGAAAUGUUCUUCCUUACAUUUCGCCGGUCUGUUUGUUACUGUGACGAAGUCUUGCUCAAGGAGAGGUCUCAGGCCCUGAUCACACAGAAAUCGUUUUAGCAACUGGAGGCGGACCUUUUGAUUGUUUUCACUGAGUGUGUUGCGAUCCGCUUUGUGUUUCUGCGCUCUAGGUGCCUGGCAUUUUUUCCAAAGCACUCUGAACUCCUUGAGUUGAAAAUACUUCCACUCAGAGCAGAAAAGCACCCUAUAUCAUC